AUGAGAAAACUUAGAAAUUUGUGGUCUUCUCAUAAGAAAUAUUGCACCACCACUAUCGCACCCUUCAGGAGCUAUUCACCAAUCAGUGGUUACCCAAAUAGUUCCUAUGACGUAGACCGCACCUCCCUAUCAUAUAAUUCAUACACAAAUAGGCAAGAGUUGGGCACUCUGCAGCGUCAAGUAGACAACUUGGGAAGAUCAAUGCAACCCACGUUCUCGCCUACUAGCACCCAAGCACUUUCCUCGCACGCUCCCACAGCCGACAGAAUACAGUAUUCCGCAGCCCCUACCGGAUCCAACUUUACCAGAAAUGAGCCCUCCAGAAACUCCUCGUCUCGAGAUAGCAGAAGAACAAGCAACGAGCUCAAUAGAACAGAACUCUUAGUUCAGGAUAACAUGAAAACUAGCGAUAAUGUUCAAGAUACUGAAGCACAAAACAAAUUACAAAACAAUUUUAGCGAAGAACGUUCACGUGAAGGUACAGAAGAUAAAGAACAAUCAAAACAAUUUGAAAAUGAAGUUCCACCAUCAGCUAUCUCACAGGUUAGAAAAAACGAUAUAACAGAAAAGACCAGUGAACACAUAACAGAUCUCCCAGAAGACGUGACAGAUGUUGACCAAACAGUUAAUAGAGAAGAAAACUAUGUUCAAGACUAUCAAACUUAUGAACAAGGGUAUCAAAAUCAACCAGCUGGCUACCAAGAGGGAUAUGAACAACAAUACGGGGAUCAGCAGUAUGAAAAUUAUGAACAAUAUCCACAAUACGAUGCAAAUGUUGAAUAUAACAAUCAAUAUGAGAAUUAUGCUACUGAUGAAAAUUAUACAGACCAGAAUUAUACACAAGAAUAUAAUCCUGAUCAGUACCAGGAAAACAUCUCUGAAGCUCAACCGGACAAAGAAAUUAUUCAAAACAUUUCACCUGACAAAAACAUAGAUAGUCAAAGUUAG